AUGUCGUUAACAAACUGCCGUUUUUACGAGGAGAAGUUCCCGGAGAUCGAUAGCUUCGUCAUGGUCAAUGUCAAGCAGAUCGCCGAGAUGGGUGCCUAUGUCAAGCUGCUCGAAUACGACAACAUCGACGGCAUGAUCCUGCUCUCCGAACUGUCGCGACGACGUAUCCGAAGUAUCCAGAAGCUCAUCCGAGUCGGUCGCAAUGAGGUCGUCGUGGUGCUCCGUGUGGACAAGGAGAAGGGAUAUAUCGAUUUGUCAAAGCGACGAGUAUCUCCCGAGGAUAUUGUGAAGUGCGAGGAGCGAUACAACAAGGGCAAGAUGGUCCAUUCCAUCAUGCGACACGUCGCCGAGAAGACCCAGAACCCUAUCGAGUCUCUAUACGAGAGCAUAGCCUGGCCACUGAACAAGAAGUUCGGCCACGCCAUCGACGCCUUCAAGCUCUCUAUCACCAACCCCGAGGUUUGGAACGACAUCACCUUCCCCAACCAGCCUGUCGCCGAUGAGCUCAAGCUCUACAUCAGCAAGCGACUCACUCCCCAACCGACCAAGGUCCGAGCUGAUAUCGAGGUCACCUGCUUCGGUUAUGAGGGUAUCGACGCUGUCAAGACUGCCCUUCGCACUGCCGAGGCCAGGAACACUGAGGAGUCCCAAGUGAAGGUCAAGCUGGUGUCCCCUCCCCUGUACGUCCUCACCAACACGUGCCUGGACAAGAGUCUAGGAAUUACCGCCCUAGAGGAGGCUAUUGUCGAGAUCCGAAAGAGCAUCGAGUCUGCAGGUGGCAACUUGAUCGUCAAGAUGGAGCCCAAGGCCGUUACGGAGAGCGACGACGCCGAGCUCCAGGCGCUCAUGGAGAAGCGUGAGCGCGAGAACGCCGAGGUCAGUGGCGACGAGAGUAUGAGCGACAGCGACGACAACAUCCCCGAGACCAUCUAA